AUGGCGACUAACAUCACAUUUCACCCAGGCAAUGUGACGUACGAUGAACGCUCACAGCUUUUGAAUCAAAAGGGAAUGACAAUUUGGUUCACUGGUCUGUCAGCAUCAGGCAAGUCGACUAUUGCCGUAGCCCUUGAGCAGCAUCUUUUGCAUCAGAAGAAAUCCGCAUUCCGUCUGGAUGGCGACAACAUCCGUUUUGGUCUUAACAAAGACCUAGGAUUCUCUCCUAAGGACCGCGAGGAAAAUAUUCGCCGCAUCUCUGAGGUUGCUCUACUCUUCGCUUCGUCCACAUCGAUCGCCAUUACUUCGUUCAUUUCUCCUUACAAAGCCGACCGCGACAUGGCACGCGAGCUGCACAAGAAACACAACCCAGAGCUUCCAUUUGUCGAGGUGUUUGUCGAUACGAGUGUUGAGGAAUGUGCAAAGCGAGACCCCAAAGGCCUGUAUAAGAAAGCAAUGAGUGGUGAAAUCAAGGAAUUUACUGGCGUGUCGGCUCCUUACGAAGCCCCUGAGAAUCCGGAAAUUCAUAUCCAGGGCGACAAAUGCUCAAUUGAGGAGAGCGUCAAGCACAUUGUAGACUACCUUUUGUCGAAAGGAUACAUGUGA